AUGGCACCCCCAACCCCCCUCACAGCAACCCCACACCUCCUCAAUUUUCUCAAAGAUCUCCACUCCCAAUCCCUAAGCCAAGAAUCCAAAAUAGAAUGGACCUCCCUCCCAGGCCAAACGACAAAUGAAUUCGACAAUAUUAUGCGUGACAAGUUCAUCGCCUUAGAUCAGGAUAAAUGCGAACUUAUCUACCACAUCCUGCGCAGCAUCAACGCGACGACUAUCGUCGAAGCCGGAACCAGUUUCGGCGUGAGUACCAUUUACCUUGCGCUCGCUGCGGCUCAGAAUGCCGCGUGGAGUGGCUCUAGUGGCAUAGUUAUCGCCACUGAGAAGGAGGUAUCGAAGGCUGCUGAGGCACGGAAGAACUGGGAGAAGGCUGGAGAGGAGAUUCAGGGUGUGAUUGAUCUGCGGGUUGGUGAUCUACGGGAGACACUGGGCAAGGACCUUGGAACGGUCGACUUCAUGCUUUUGGAUAUUUGGACACCUCUUGCUCUUCCCGCGCUGAAGCUGGUAGAACCGCAUUUCCGGCCUGGAGCUAUGAUUAUUGCGGAUAAUACGCUUAAGGCUAGUGCUGGGUAUGAGGAGUUGUUUGCGUAUGUUGAUGCGCCUGGUAGUCGGUUCCGGAGGGUUACUAUGCCUUAUACUGGUGGUAUGGAUAUGAUUGUUUAUCAGUGA